AUUUCUUCAAGAAUUAAUUAUUAAUAAUUGUGGUAUAGAACAAAUUAAAUUACCUAAUCAAGUUGAUUCAAAUGAAUUAUUUCAAUCAUUAAAGUAUCUUUAUAUGUCUGAUAAUAAAAUAAGUUCAUAUUCAUCAAUAAAUGAAUUAAGUCGUAUAUCAUCAUUAAUAUCAUUCAGUAUACUUCGAAAUCCAAUAUAUGGAUUAAAUCAAUUUGAAAAUGAAACAGCUAAACAAAUGAUUAUAGCUCGUUUACCUAAUUUAACAUAUUUAAAUCGAGUUUUAAUUAGUCAUGAUGAAAGACGUGGAGCUGAAAUUGAUUAUUUACAACGUUAUGCUCAAGAUUAUUUUGAUACUAAAUUAGAUUUUAUUAAUGAACAUAGACAAUAUCAAAGAUUAAUUAAUAAAUAUGGUGAACCUUUAAAACAAAAUAAAAAUCAGGAAUCAAAAAAAGGUCUUUGUAUUCGUCGAGAUUUAUUAAAAGUUAUAUUUGAAUUUGGUGAUGAAAAUGAAAUAAAAAUUGAAAAAAAAAUUCCAUCAUCAAUGACAAUAGCAAAAUUAAAAACAUUUGUUCGAAAAUUAUUUCCAUCACAAUUAACAAAUGAUAUUCAAUUUAAUUUAUUUGUUGUUAUUGAUAAAAAACAUAAAGAACUUAUUAAACAAUAUAAUGAUCAUGUUAUUGAUUUAUCAUCUCAAUCAAUAAAUGAAUUUGAUGUUAAUCAUUAUAUAUAUAUAUAUAUAAAUCUUUCUCAAAUAAACGAACUUAAUAUUCGACAAAAUUUAAUUAAAAAUUGGUCUCAAUUAUGGAUUAUUUUAGAAAAAUAUUUUCCCAAAUUAGAAAUCUUAAAAGUUAGUAAUUCUCGAAUCAAUUUUGAUAUCAAUCCAUCAAAUGAAUUUAUUAAUAUAAAACAAAUUGUUCUUAUUGAUAUAGAUAAUGAUUGUCAUUCAUUUGAAUAUAUUUUAAAAUAUUUUCCAAAUUUAAUUGAUAUUCAUUUAGAUUUAAAUCAUUUAACUUUUAUAUCAGAAAAUUUUGUUAAUAAAAUAAAAAAUGUAACUAAUUUAUCAUUAUCAGAUAAUCAAAGAUUAAUAGAAUGGGAUCCAUUUAUUAAUCGAUUAGGUUUACUUCCAUUUCUUCAAGAAUUAAUUAUUAAUAAUUGUGGUAUAGAACAAAUUAAAUUACCUAAUCAAGUUGAUUCAAAUGAAUUAUUUCAAUCAUUAAAGUAUCUUUAUAUGUCUGAUAAUAAAAUAAGUUCAUAUUCAUCAAUAAAUGAAUUAAGUCGUAUAUCAUCAUUAAUAUCAUUCAGUAUACUUCGAAAUCCAAUAUAUGGAUUAAAUCAAUUUGAAAAUGAAACAGCUAAACAAAUGAUUAUAGCUCGUUUACCUAAUUUAACAUAUUUAAAUCGAGUUUUAAUUAGUCAUGAUGAAAGACGUGGAGCUGAAAUUGAUUAUUUACAACGUUAUGCUCAAGAUUAUUUUGAUA